AUGGCGACCGACGGAGUGGCGGCCUCGGCCCCCGAGACGUGGCUGGCUGCGCUCGAUCCCGAGCUCAGGAUGCACAUACGGAGCUGCCAGUGCCCCUGCGACCAUAUGGGCUACGGAAACUACCUGAAUUACCAGGUUCGAGAAUAUCCACAAAGACAGCUAUUCCCAGGCCAAGAGACAUCCUUCAAUGUGCCUCAAUACUAUAAUGGUAUAGGUGAAUAUUAUCAUUCCUACGACUACCACGGUUCCAUCGAAUCCUGCUCCUGCAGUUCGGGAAUGGCAACACUCACUGUAGGCCUCUGUCUUCCACUUAUCCUAAGUUCAAAACAAGAGCCUUCCUCAGCAGAAGAGAGGUUACAAAUCGUUAAAAGACUUCUAACGGAAGUGCCACUAAUAGAUGGUCACAAUGAUCUCCCAUGGAACUUGAGGAAAUUCGUCCACAACAGGCUGAAUAACUUGAACUUGAGUGCUAUGAGCAAAGACUUACCAUGGUCGAAAAGCAGAUGGUCUCACACCGAUAUACCAAGACUCAAGGCUGGUCUCAUUGGUGGGCAGUUCUGGUCGGCAUAUGUCCCCUGUAAAGCUCAACACUUGGAUGCCGUACAAGUUACUUUAGAGCAGAUAGAUGUCAUCAAAAGAUUUGUUGAAUAUAAUUCGAACGACUUCGUCAUGGUGAGAUCCCCACAAGAGAUACAGAGUGUUCAUAAAGAAGGACGUAUAGCUUCGCUGAUUGGGGUGGAGGGUGGUCAUGCUUUGGGCAAUUCUCUGGCAGUUCUACGAACAUUUUACAAUCUUGGUGCUAGGUACCUCACAAUAACUCAUAACUGUGAUACUCCAUGGGCUACAGGAUCUCAUACACAAUCUACAGAAGGACUCUCUGAAUUCGGUAAAAACGUGAUCAGGGAAAUGAAUAGACUAGGAAUGAUAAUUGAUUUAUCCCAUUCCUCAAUAAACACUGCCAAAGAAGCUCUGAAUAUUUCACAAGCGCCUGUUAUGUUUUCUCACUCGAGCGCUUAUGCAUUGUGUAAUUCAUCGAGGAAUGUUCAUGAUGACGUAUUGAAGCUGAUAGCUCAUUACGGUGGAGUGAUCAUGGUUAAUUUUUACAGUUACCACGUAACUUGCAAUAAUACUGCCAGUAUACAAGAUGUCAUCAACCAUAUUAACCACAUAAGAUUGGUGGCUGGUAUUGACCAUGUCGGGAUCGGUGCUGGAUACGAUGGAAUCAAUAUGACUCCUAGUGGCUUAGAGGAUGUUUCCCGAUAUCCUAAUUUAUUAGCGGAACUUCUAGCUGAUCCUGCAUGGAGUGAGAAGGAUAUCGUGGCUUUAGCUGGUUUGAAUUUAUUGAGGGUUUUCGAAAAAGUAGAGACUAUAAGGAAUGACUGGAAGAAAGCUGAAGUUCCACCUUUUGAGGACUCCAUAUCACCUAUAUUUAAUCCAUGUUCUAGUUUGUAUUCCUGA